CGACCCGAGGGGCGGGCUCUCGAGUACUUAAGCAGGGGCGCGGCAAAACGCGCCCAGAGCCAACAGCUGGGGCCACACACACUCGCCACCGCGGGAGCCGGGGAAGGGCAAGCCGAGGGAGAGGACCGCGGGGAUCAGGGGGCUUUGCGAUGCCGAUCGCCAUGAGGCUGGAGGCCGCACACGAGCUGGAGUGUGCGGCGCUGGGCGCCCUGCUGCGGGAGCCGCGGGAGGCCGAGGGCACGCUGCUGCUCGACUGUCGCCCGUUCCUGGCCUUCUGCCGGCGCCACGUGCGCUCCGCGCGGCCAGUGCCCUGGAACGCGCUGCUGCGGCGCCGUGCGCGCGGCACCCCCGCCGCCGCCCUCGCCUGCCUGCUGCCCGACCGCGCGCUCCGGGCACGCCUGGGUCGCGGGGAGCUGGCCCGCGCCGUGGUGCUGGACGAAGGCAGCGCGUCGGUGGCGGAGCUCUCGCCCGACGGCCCGGCUCACCUGCUGCUCGCCGCGCUGCUGCAUGAGAUGCGCGCGGGAUCCACGGCCGUGUGCUUCCUUCGAGGUGGCUUCGAACGCUUCCAGGCAUGCUGUCCAGAUCUGUGCUCUGAAGCCCCUGCCCAGGCGCUACCUCCUGCUGGGGCCGAAAAUAACAGCUCAGACCCUAGGGCUCCCAUCUAUGACCAGGGCGGUCCUGUGGAGAUCUUGCCCUACCUGUACCUGGGCAGCUGCAGGCACUCCUCGGACCUCCAGGGGCUCCAGGCCUGCGGUAUCACAGCCGUGCUCAACGUCUCGGCCAGCUGCCCCAACCAUUUCGAGGGGCUGCUCCAUUACAAGAGCAUCCCGGUAGAAGAUAACCAGAUGGUGGAGAUUAGUGCCUGGUUCCAGGAGGCUAUCGGCUUCAUCGACUCAGUGAAGAGUAGUGGAGGCCGGGUGUUGGUGCACUGCCAAGCUGGUAUCUCCCGCUCAGCCACCAUCUGCCUGGCAUACCUGAUUCAGAGCCACCGAGUACGGCUGGACGAGGCCUUUGACUUUGUCAAGCGACGUCGGGGGGUCAUCUCCCCCAACUUCAGCUUCAUGGGGCAGCUCCUGCAGUUUGAGACUCAGGUGCUGUGCCACUGAGUCAGACCCUGGCCUGGCCCCACCGUGCUGCCUCUCACUGACGACUCCUGGGGGAAGCUGCUGUGGACUGCUGGCCCUUCCCUAGCCUAGCUCAUCCCUCACCUUGUCCUCAGCUUGGGGUGCUAGCAAGGCCAGGGUGAUGGCUUUUCUGAUAUGGUGCUCUUCUGCUGGGGGCUUAAGGGCUGGCCCUUAUUCGGGGGACCAGGGCAGAUAGUCUGUUUGCUCUCCCUCCCCCAACUCUGGCAGAAAUUAAUUGGACUCUAAACCCCCCUGUAUUGUAGUCCCACUAUGUUAAAGCCCUUGGUAGCCCAAGGGCUCAAGGAACAAGCUGUGACAAGCAGGAACCUUGUGUAGGGGUGUGCACCCCUUGACCCAAAGCUCCAGCCUUGUGCUCCCAGGGGAGCCAGGAAGUGAUGUGUGUGUGUGUGUGUGAUGUUACUGACAUCUUGCUUUUGUGUAAGUAUGCGUGUGUCUCGCCACAGUUGGUGCUGAAAAGUUAUUUGUGUUCAACUGACAUGUAACACUCCCUGACUUCCUCCCAGCCCUGUGGGCCAGGGAGGGGGGCGUUGGAAACAGCACUUUAUAUUUAUAUAGAACAUUGA